AUGUCAGCCAGAAAGGGCUAUCUGCUCCCUUCGCCAAAUUAUCCCACAACAAUGUCAUGCUCGGAGAGCCCUGCCGCGAACUCUUUUUUGGUCGACUCUCUCAUCAGCUCGGCCAGAGGCGAGGCGGGUGGCGGUGGCGGUAGCGCUGGGGGCGGCGGAGGCGGCUACUACGCCCACAGCGGGGUCUACCUGCAGCCAGCCAGCGACCUGCCCUACGGGCUGCAAAGCUGCGGGCUUUUCCCCGCGCUGGGCAGCAAGCGCAAUGAAGCGUCGUCGCCUGGAGGCGGUGGUGGUGGUGGUGGUGGUGGCGGCAGCGGGGGUCUGGGUCCCGGGGCUCAUGGCUACGCGCCCGCGCCCCUAGACCUGUGGCUGGACGCGCCCCGUUCCUGCCGGAUGGAACCGUCCGACGGGCCGCCGCCACCGCAGCCACAACCCCAGCAGCAGCAGCCGCCCCCGCCGCAGCCGCCCCAACCCCCGCCACAGGCCACUUCGUGUUCUUUUGCGCAGAACAUCAAAGAAGAGAGUUCCUACUGCCUCUACGAUUCUGCGGACAAAUGCCCCAAAGGCUCGGCAGCCACCGACCUGGCUCCUUUCCCGCGGGGCCCGCCAACCGACGGCUGCACCCUGGGCUCUUCUAGCGGAGUGCCAGUGCCUGGCUACUUCCGCCUGUCUCAGGCCUACGGCACGGCCAAGGGCUUCGGCGGCAGCGGCGGCGGCGGCGGCACGCAGCAGCUCGCCAGUCCCUUCCCUGCGCAGCCCCCGGGGCGCGGUUUCGACCCGCCGCCGGUACUGGCCUCGAGCUCGGCGGAGGCAGCCGGGAAGGAGCGAGCCCUCGACUCCACGCCGCCGCCCACGCUGGUUUGCACCGGUGGCGGCGGCGGCGGAGGCUCGCAGGGCGACGAGGAGGCGCACGCGUCAUCCUCGGCAGCUGAGGAGCUGUCCCCGGCCCCCUCCGAAAACAGUAAAGCCUCGCCGGAGAAGGACUCCCUGGGCAAUUCCAAAGGCGAAAAUGCAGCCAACUGGCUCACGGCAAAGAGCGGCCGGAAGAAACGCUGCCCUUACACGAAGCACCAGACGCUGGAACUGGAGAAGGAGUUUCUAUUCAACAUGUACCUUACUCGAGAGCGGCGCCUAGAGAUCAGCCGUAGUGUCCACCUCACGGACAGACAAGUGAAAAUCUGGUUUCAGAAUCGCAGGAUGAAACUGAAGAAAAUGAACCGAGAAAACCGAAUCCGGGAGCUCACAGCCAACUUUAAUUUUUCCUGAUGAAACUUGCAGGCAAUGCCCGUAUUUUCGCUUCCAGAGCGCCUGUACCCCUACUUCUGCCUCCAGCCUCUGCCCCAGAACUCGCACCUGUGCCGGAGCCCCAUUGCUCCCUUCCACACUCGCCGUCUCCCAGGCCGUUUCGUCUGUGCAGGGCUGGUUUGUUCUGACAUUUUGUUUCUUUGUCCGUUUGCUUGGUGUUGGUUUACUUAUUUUCUGGGGGAAAAAGCCAUAUCGCUAAAAUUCUAUAGAGAUUGAGAUUGUCCUCACUGUCAAGUCCUGACUGGGCUGGGUUCGC